CGUUUCUAUAGCAAUUAGAAAAAUGGCUAAGUGAAAAUUUGUUAUACCUUUUGUAAAUUUUAGUUUGUCAUGAUCCAAGCUAUAAAACUAAGAGCACUCAGUUGUCUUGUAUCACGGCAUGCUGGGAGAUCGGCAUGCUGAGAAAAGCCGCCAAGGCCUCAAGACCGAUCCUGGCUAGUCCUCACUUAGUCCGUCAGACUCGUCGCAUUCGAUCUGCCAGACACUACGGAACCAUCGCAAGGAAACAAACAGGGAAAAAACAAUCGACGAAAGCCGGAAAAGAAAACACAAGCAGGUUGUUUGUGGUGCUUCGUGAGGCGAGCCAGGGCAGGUACUACAGAUUCGAGAGGCUCUACCCCCGUCGGGUACAGAGAUUACGACCCCCUGGUGCACGGCAUGAGGGAGUGGAUGCCCCUGAAGCCUUCAGACCCCUUAGCAAUACCCAGCACUACCAGCGAGAUGGCCCGCUCCAUCAUCGCCAAUGUGAUACAAAAGCUUCCGGACGACGACCUGUCUCCCUCGUAAAAUAAAUAUUAAAUUAUGUGUUGCUGUAAAAUAUUGGUAUGAUUGUGUUUUAUUGAUAAACUGAAUAUGGCACACAGUUA